UAAAAGUUUUUCCCUAAAAUUUCCUUUAAAAAUCCCCGACCCAUUCAACCACAUCUCUCUUCAUACGUCCCCGCCGCCGCCUCCUCCUUCUUCAGUCCCUGGUUCAAGCUCUCUCUUGACGCGACCAGGAAAUCGAAUAACGAAAUUGUGUUUUGUUAGUUAAUUUAAGAAGAAUGAGAUUAGAGAAGUGCUGGUUUUGUUCCUCCACUGUAUAUCCGGGGCAUGGUAUUCAAUUUGUUCGCAACGACGCCAAGAUUUUCCGUUUCUGUAGAUCGAAAUGCCACAAGAACUUCAAGAUGAAGAGGAAUCCCCGUAAAGUAAAAUGGACCAAGGCCUAUAGGCGUUUGCAUGGAAAGGACAUGACACAGGAUUCAACAUUUGAGUUUGAGAGAAAACGUAAUAGGCCGGAGAGAUAUGAUAGAAACCUUGCAGAGAAUACUCUGAAGGCUAUUAAAAAGAUUGAUAAAAUCAGAUCAGACAGGGCAUCUGACCACAUCAAAAACAGGCUUAAGACAGGCAAAGUCCAGAGGCAGAAAGAAGCAAGGAAGCAAUUGGAGCAGGGCAUUCACUUGGUCAAAGCUCCGCUCGCACUUGCACAAGAUUCAUCACUUCGUCUUCCAAAAAUCAAAGUCAAUGUAUCCCAAGCACAGACAGAAGAGAAUCAGCCCAUGGAAGAGUGAAAUUGGUUCUGCUGUUCCUCGGCUUGGUAUUUUUGUCCAGCAAAAUCUUAUGCAUGCAACUCGUGGCUUAAGUUAUCAAGAGGUUUUUUAUGUUGUGUCUAGCGGUCCAGAAUUUUGAUUAGCAUGUUCGAAUGUUAUUGUUUUGAGUAGCAUAUUUUGUAGUACUAAUUAUGGAAAAGUCAUUAUAAACGGAUUGUUAUUGUUUUGAGUAGCAUAUUUUGUAGUAACUAAUUAUGGAAAAGUCAUUAUAAACGGAUUGUUAUCUUUGUUUUUCCCUUUUAAA